AUGGUCAAGUCAUUUGGUUACCUAACUUACUAGUUUUAUGAGGCGCCCAAUAAAUUUAAAACGUAUUUCUCUUAAUACUAUAUUUUUGCGCAGGUAAUUUUUAAUACCCAAGUUAUGUAGUAUAAAUACUUGGUUGAAAAUCACAAAGGCAUUAGUUCUUCAAUCGCCUUCAGUACGACAACAUCACUUUUGUUAUUAACCUACUAUUAGCUUCUUUGCAUUUUUAACUUAUUUUAACUUAACCAAAAUGUGUAAAGAUAUUAUAGAAUUGGAAAAAGCCAUGGAUUUUAACUUUUCAUUUGAGGACGACGCAGAGCUUAUUGCUAUUGAAGAAUCCAUGAAGAAGACCAACGAAGAAAUCAAAAAGUUGAGUAUACUUCAGGAUGACUAUGAAGAGGAUGAUAACAAUGAAAACAAGAAUGAAGACAAUAGAAGAAGUGUGUUUGUGGGGAAUAUUGCUCAUGGUACUACUUCGUCGAUGCUGGAAGCGUUUUUCAGCAAGUGCGGAACCAUCAAACGUGUUAUCAUUUUCGUGAACAAAAUUACAGGAAAACCUAAAGGGUUUGCGUAUAUUGAAUUUGAACUAUCAUCGUCUGUGGAGAAGGCCCUGAAAAUGAAUGGGUAUAAGUUGAGAUCCAUGCCACUUCAGGUGAUGUCCAAGAUGCCCAACAAACCUAGAUUGACAACCACCAAUCGUCCAACUCUGGUUUCUGCAGAUCUAGGGAAUAGGCAAAUGUCUCAAGUUGAUUCGAUGAGAAUAUCCGAACAUUUCAAAAGUAUUUGUUCAGGAAGUAAUGUUGCUAGAAAAAUUGCUGGAGCAUUGAAGACUAAAUAUUCGGUGAAACGUCUAGGUGUGAAAAACUGUUUGUUUUAAUGCGAAGAAAUUCGGGUAAUUAAUGAAAGCUUUGUAAAAAGUAGUUAGGAUAAUUGACAAUAUUUUUGUACAUUUAUUGUGA